UUGAAGCUUGGACGGUAAGUCUUCCUUGAGGAGGAUGGGAGUGGCAUUCACCGCUCUUCUGCCACCACGCAUCUGCGGUAUAAAAGCAACCCGCGUUGCAGCGCGCUUAGUUUCGUUUCGGAGUGGCUCGAUUGUGAAACGCAUUUUCAACAUGGGAUUUCACACCGUAGUUCUAGCCACGUUGCUUCUGGUGGGUGUGAUUACGGCGUACCCACAGAAAGACGGGCAAAUCUUUAGCAAUGAGGCGAUACGGCAAGCUCAGAACACCUAUCUCAUCCCCAAGGAUGCGACCAUACAAAAGGUCCAAGAGGGCAUCGAACUGGCCGCUUACGAAUCAAUCCCCGGAGACCAGAGGAUCAAUCUCUUCGAGAUCCUGGGCGAACACGUGCCACCCGAAGUGGUGAACAAUCUUCAGACCCAGAUCGAUCAAAUAGGUCGAAAUUAAAUUCUCUCCUCUUGCAUUGUCGUUGUCAUCUGUCGUCAUCGUCGUGUAAAAAAUAAUCAUAUUCUAAGUGCCUUUGUAGAAAAGUAUUUAUGAACAGCUGUUUCCUUCGCUUUUGUAUCUUGCUUUUAUGUUUGACAAAAUUCUUUUUAUGAUGUAGAAAGAAUUUUUACUUUUCAUAAAUAAAUGUAUGAGAAAAUA